UCAGAUUAGAUUUUUUUUCCAAGAUGAAACAGCCUCAUUUGAAAAAAUCAUUCAUUUAAAAGAAAAACGAACGGUAUGCACGAUAAUUUGUUAUUCUCACGUCAAAUCGUCGACUCAUCAUCUCAUUUACCAUCUUUCAUUCAAUCUCAGCGACAACUAUUACUUCCUUCAUUUUAUUUAAACAUAUUAUAUUUAAAAUAAGUGCAUUUUGUCGAAAGUUCGCCUUUGAAUGUAAAAUGAUUUUUACUAAAAUUCUUUUUAAUUACUUUAAAUAUAAUAUGUUUCAUUAAAAACGUUAAAAAAGCAAAAGAUAUCAAUACGUUUUAUUUAAAAAUCAAUAUCCAUUUGAAUAGUCAUUUACAGAUAGUAUAAAUUUGAUUGAGUGUAUUUUAAUUUUGAACAUGAUUGUUUUGAAGUAUAUUCUAAUCAACUAAUUAAACCGUCACUGAGUAAUAUUUUAGGCAAGAUAAGUUAUGUUAAAACAGCAUCAUUGAAAGAUGAACUGAACAUUUCAAGUAUUGUUAAGUGAAUAGUAAAAGAAUUAAGCUAUACAUAUAUAGUUAUUUUUAUUUCAAGUGCAUAAACAAGAAGAAAUUUUAUCCUAUAUUAAACGAGAAGCAUUAUCGAUAUCGGACGGCAGUUUGGAAGCAAUGAAUAAUAAUUCUGUUUUAGGUAAUAAAUAAACAACUUCACCAUACAUGAAUGGCGAAAAAUUAGUAGGAAGGAUAAUCUAUAAUAACAUCAAUGAUCCAAAUAAUGGCCAUGAAUUUAUUUAGAAGAAAAACGAAAAGAAAUAAAAGUUUAUGAAGAAUAUUUUUUUGUACAUAUGUUGUAGAUGCCAAGAAAGCUUAUGUUCCUGUUUUAUUCAAUGCUUUAAUUGAUUGAAUAGGAAAGGAGUAUGUGUGAACUUUCAACACUGAGGCUGUAGGCAGGAAGUGAAAAUUUUCCAAGAAAAAAGAUUUUACGAAAUAAAAAAAAAUUCUUUUGUUUAACCUUUUGACUCCCAUUGUCCUAUAUAUAGGACGGCGGUCUUUGCUUUGCUUAUCGGCCGGUGUCCUAUUAAAAUGAUGUCUUGAAAAUUUCAGAUUUUGCGCUCACGCACCUCUCUAUAGUUAGUAUUUCGUCUGCCACGUGUCACUGUCAUAAUCUGAAAUUCUCAAGGCAUCAUUUUAAUAGGACAUCAGUAAGCAAAACAAAGACCGUCGUCCUACAUAUAGGACACCGGUAGCCAAAAGGUUAAUAAUGCUGCGUAUAAAAAUAUCUGAAUACGUCACGGCAAAGGUGCAGAAUAGAGAACGAUAAUGACUCAUCCAUUUUGUCAACGUGGUAUUGCCUGUUUUAUUAUGAGAAGUCUUAUUUACUGGAUAGAAUAUAAUGCAAAAUCAGUAACGAAAUAUUCUUCAUCAUAUUACUAUGUUCUGACAGAAUCUUUUUGCGUUAAGUGAAGUCAUUAUCGUUUGAUCUGUUUAUUUUAGAUAAAACGUGUGUUCUUGUUUCAUCUGAGCAAAAACAUAAAAAACAAAAUGACUUCUAAUUUUGAUAAAUUACCAAAAGUUCGAGAUGUUGAACGUGAAUCAAUAUAUGGUUAUGUUUAUGGUGUGUCAGGUCCAGUCGUUACAGGAAAUAAAAUGGCUGGUUCAGCUAUCAAUGAACUUGUUCGAGUUGGUCAUCAAGAAUUAGUGGGAGAAAUCAUUCGUCUUGAAGGAGAUUUAGCAACAAUUCAAGUUUAUGAGGAAACAUCUGGUGUCACUGUUGGAGAUCCUAUAUUACGUACAGGAAAACCGUUGAGUGUUGAAUUAGCACCUGGUAUUAUGAGCAGUAUUUUUGAUGAACUUAUUUAUAAUACCACAAAUAGUAUUUAUAUUCCAAGAGGUAUUAAUGUGCCGGCACUAAGUCGCACAUUGAGUUGGAAUUUUAUCCCGGAGCCACGUCUCAAGGUUAAUGGACAUGUAACUGGAGGAGAUAUAUUUGGAACAGUACCCGAGAAUACAUUAAUCAAACACAAAAUUAUGUUACAUCCAAAAGCAAAAGGAACAAUUCGAUUUUUGGCAGAAGCUGGCAAUUACACACUUGAUACGGAUUUUGAUGGUGAAAUUACUAAACAUACAAUGUUACAGGUGUGGCCUGUAAGACAACUGAGACCAACAGCGGAAAAACUAGCUGCAAAUUUUCCACUAUUAACUGGUCAACGUGUGUUAGAUUCAUUAUUUCCAUGUGUACAAGGUGGUACUACAGCAAUUCCUGGAGCAUUUGGAUGUGGAAAAACUGUCAUAUCGCAGUCAUUAUCAAAGUUUUCAAAUAGUGACGCCAUUGUUUAUGUUGGAUGCGGUGAGCGCGGCAAUGAAAUGUCUGAAGUAUUACGAGAUUUUCCAGCGCUAAAAAUGGAAGUUGAUGGUCAAGAAGUAUCGAUAAUGAAACGUACAACACUUGUAGCAAAUACAUCAAACAUGCCUGUGGCUGCACGAGAAGCGUCAAUCUAUACCGGUUCGUAUUUCUUGCAAUGUAUUACGCUAGCAGAAUAUUUUCGUGAUAUGGGUUAUAAUGUUGCAAUGAUGGCUGAUUCAACAUCACGUUGGGCUGAAGCUCUAAGAGAAAUAUCAGGACGUUUAGCAGAAAUGCCAGCUGAUUCUGGGUAUCCAGCUUAUUUGGGUGCACGUUUAGCAUCAUUUUAUGAACGUGCUGGUCGUGUCCGAUGUUUGGGAAAUCCAGCUCGUGAAGGUUCAGUCAGUAUUGUUGGAGCUGUUUCUCCUCCUGGUGGUGAUUUUGCUGAUCCUGUCACGUCUGCUACAUUGAGUAUCGUCCAAGUAUUUUGGGGUUUAGAUAAAAAAUUAGCUCAACGUAAACAUUUUCCAUCUGUCAAUUGGCUCAUUAGUUACAGUAAAUACACACGAGCAUUAGAUGAUUAUUAUGAUAAAAAUUUUCCAGAAUUUGUCCCAUUACGUGCUAAAUGUAAAGAAAUUUUACAAGAAGAAGAAGACCUGAGCGAUAUUGUACAGCUUGUUGGAAAAGCAUCAUUAGCAGAAACGGACAAGAUAACAUUAGAAGUAGCACGCAUGAUUAAAGAUGAUUUUCUGCAACAAAAUGGUUAUUCUUCGUAUGACAAAUUUUGUCCAUUUUAUAAAUGUGUAGCCAUGUUACGUAAUAUGAUUGCAUUCUACGAUAUGGCUCGACAUGCUGUUGAAACAACAGCACAAUCGGAAAAAAAGAUAACAUGGGCGGAUAUUCGUAAUCAUAUGAACGACACUAUUUACCAAUUGAGUAGUAUGAAAUUUGCAGAUCCAACAAAAGAUAGUGAAGACAAAAUUAAACGUGAUUUAGACGAACUACAUGAGAAAAUGGCAAACUCAUUUCGAGACUUAGAAGAAGCUUAA